AUGGUGAAUGCGCAAAGGAAAGAUUGGUCUAAGAAAUUAGACGACGCAUUUUGUGCUUAUAGGACUACUUAUAAGACACCCAUAGGGACUUCUCCCUAUUACAUCAUAUUUGGGAAAGCAUGUCAUGUUCCGGCAGAAUUAGAAAACAAAGCUUAUUGGGCGAUUAAGAAGUUGAACUUGGACCCUGAGCUAGCCGAUAGAAAGAGAGUGGAUAAUUUGCAUGAACUUGAAGAGUUUAAACGUCACGCUUAUGAGAAUUUCAAGCUGUAUAAAGAGAAGACGAAGAGGUGGCAUAAUAAGGACAUAGUAACUCAUACCUUCAAUCUGGGAGAGAAGCGUGCCGUGCCAAAGGCUCAGGCGCACUGCUGGUGUGCUGCACCAGGACCUUUUCGACUAGGUCCUGUUUGGAGCACACGGCUGGAGUUCAACAUGAGUACUUUCCAGGAGCAAAUCUAG